AGCUUCAUUAACCAUCUACUUAUAAUUUGGUCAUAAGACUAUUUUUUUAACAAUGUACAAAAUCAUGAAUAAUGAUACUUAGUAGAUUAAUUAAUCAUUCAAUAUUUAUAUACCCAAUUAAAUAGCCAAAUUCAAUAAGCCAUCAACAACCACUUUGAACUAGGUGUGUCACAAAUGUCAAAUUUGUAAGCAUACAAAUAUCAAUUAUGUACUAAAAAUUGUGUUUGAAUAUCUUUGUUUCAUUUUUACUUUUUAUGAAGCAUAGUUUGAAUAUGAUACUCACAUAUUUGUAUCUAACCCACAUGCAAAGAACUAAAAGAAUAUGUGGUUGUAGUUGAAAGUUCAAGGCCUAUAAUAAAUCUUCCUUGCAAUAUAUAUUCAAUUUCAAUCCAAUUCCAAAAACCAACCUAUAAUAAUUAUAUCUUUCAUUCAUCUUCCACCAUUAUUUCUUCCCUCUAUCAUCAAUCAUCAUUGUUUAUGGAGGUCAUCAAUCUCAUAGUUUUACCAACAAUUUUAGCACUCUUUGUCCUCUUUUUACAUUUCAUCACAAGAAUUAUCAAACUUAGAAAUCUUCACCUUCCUAAGGGAACAUUAGGAUGGCCAAUUAUUGGAGAAACAUAUCAAUUUUUCAAAGCAAAUAUUGAGGGAAAGCAAAUAAGGUUCAUACAAGAAAGAAUGAAGAAAUAUGACACAAAGGUGUUCAAGACAUCAAUGUUUGGAGAAAAUAUUGUUGUGUUUUGUGGACCAAUAGGGAACAAGUUCUUGUUUAGUAAUGAGAACAAGAAUGUUCAAGUAUGGUGGCCUAGCUCAGUGACAAAUCUUUUAAGGUUUUCUAUUCUUAAUAAGGUUGGUGAUGAAGCAAAGAUAACUAGAAAGUUGCUUAUGAGCUUUCUUAAUCCAGAAACACUCAGAAAUUAUUUGCCAAAAAUGGAUAGGAUUGCUCAACAUCAUAUAAACACACAUUGGAAAGGAAAGGAUCAAGUUGUUGUCUAUCCCACAAUACAGCUAUACACAUUUGAAUUGGCUUGUUGCUUAUUUUUAAGCAUAGAAGAUCCUAUCCAUGUAACCAAAUUUUCAUCACAUUUUGAAGAAUUUAUAAAAGGAAUCAUUGGCUUCUCCAUUAACAUUCCUGGAACAAGGUUUCAUAAGGCAAUGAAAGCUGCAAAUGAAAUAAGAAAAGAAAUUAAAAUAAUUAUGAAGAAAAGGAAAGUGGAUUUGGAAGACAAAAAGACAUCACCCACACAAGACCUUUUAUCACAUUUACUUGUUACAUCUGACACAAAUGGAAGGUUUUUGAGUGAAAUGGAGAUUAUUGAUAACAUACUAUUACUUCUUUUUGCUGGCCAUGAUACUUCUAGAUCAGUGUUAUCAUCUGUCAUGAAGUAUCUUGGAAAUUUGCCUGAAGUUUAUGAACAAGUGUUGAAAGAACAACUUGAAAUUAGCCAAGGGAAAGAGGAAGGGGAGUUAUUGCAAUGGGAGGAUGUUCAAAAAAUGAAAUACUCAUGGAAUGUUGCAUCUGAAGUAAUGAGGCUGUCGCCGCCCGUCGGUGGCGCUUACCGAAAUGCUAUAAAGGAUGUCACCUAUACUGAUUAUAACAUCCCUAGUGGAUGGAAGUUGCAUUGGAAUGUUCACACAACACACAUGGAUCCAACACUGUUUCCAAAUCCUGAAAAAUUUGAUGCUACAAGAUUUGAAGGAGAAGGGCCAACACCUUAUUCAUAUGUUCCAUUUGGAGGAGGACCUCGAAUGUGUUUGGGACAAGAAUUUGCUCGGUUAGAGAUACUUGUGUUUAUGCAUAAUAUUGUGAAAUGUUUCAAGUGGAAUUUAGUUAAUCCUGAUGAGAAGUUCAAGUUUGAUCCUAUGCUAGAGCCUGAAAAAGGACUUCCAAUUCAACUUCAUCCUUCUCAUUACACAUCAUAAUACAUUGAUAAGAUGUUUAUUUUUGAAGUUUUCAUCUAAUAAUAAACUGUUACGUUUGAAUGUAAUUGCAUUUUGUACCUGCUUCGAUGAAGCUUCAAAGUAGUAAUAAAGGAAAAAGUGUAGACUUACCUGUAGAAAUGUAUAACCAAAUAUUGAAGUUCCAAAACCAAAACUACAUAAUAGUCCCACAUCGGAAGAGUUAGAGAAGCAUCAUAGUACAUGUCAGAUAUAAAAGGAGCAGUGAGCAAGUGUUUCAACUCAUACCUUUCUCGGCCUUUUGGCUAAGAUCAAGUGUAGUAUCUGUUCUUAUCAGUUUAAUAUCUGAUAUGUGAGCCAAUGGUUCACACGAUAUUAAAUUUAUUUUUUGAGGGGGAGAGUCCACCACAAUAGCUUGCUAUUGGGCCUCUCAAGUGUCGCUUUUGCGUUGCACUAUUGCAAUUGCCUGGCACACCCCA